CUUUUCACCAUCAGUUAUCGACAGGCUUGCUUCGGAAUAACAACAGUCUUCCAACUAACUAAAUUACAAUGAAGUGUGACGCCGUUAUUGAGAAGAUCAAGACCCGUGUAGCGGGUAUCGAUCCGAAUGGACCACGCAAAGUUCUCGGAGUAUUCCAGUUAUUCAUCGAAGCUAGCGAUGGGAUCCAUGAGCUUGUGGUGGAUCUGAAGAAUUUGAAGGUAACAGAAGGAAAAGUAUCCAACGCUGAUGUCGUGAUCAACUUGAAAGACGAAGACUUCAUUGCUGUCGGGACUAAGGCCAUUACGGUACAUGCCGCAGUCGAGCAGGGUAAAAUCAAAAUGACCGGCGAUGAGGCUCUUUUCCAAGCUCUGGUAGAUGCGAUCUGAAUUCGUUCAGCGAAACACCAAAAACUCAACGCGGACUGAUGCGACUUGUGCUAGUAUGUAAAUGCUUUGUGGUCUAAAUGAUAAUUACUGGUAGAUAAAGGGCAGAAAUAAAAAAAACUACGAUAGAAACAU